CUCUCUCAUUCUCUUCAUCUCUCCUCUAAACUCAAUCUGCUCAUCACAGUCGAGAUGCUGAUCAUAUUCUACUGUGUUAUUCUCUCUCUUCUGUCAUCCGUCAGAUGUGUGAAGGUGUUCACACAGAAACCUGCAAUACUGACAGAACAAAAAGGCAGAUCUGUGACUAUGGACUGUAACAUUGAAAAGGACGAGAGAAAUUCUGUCAGCUGGUAUAAACAGAUUCCAAACGCAGCUCCUCAGUAUGUGUUGAGAUACUAUCACUCUAACAGCGACCCUAAUCAAUAUGGAGAUGGUUUUUCCUCCAGCCGCUUCACAUCUAAAGCUCCGUCCAAUAUUGACUAUCAGCUGAUCAUCAGUAAUGUGGAUGUGACUGAUUCUGCAGUGUAUUACUGUAAGACAUGGGAUAACACUGCUGAAGAGGUGGUAUUCGGACAAGGAACAAAACUCAUUGUGAAUGAUGCUGCUGCCGCUGAUCCUGUGCUGAACAUCCUCCGUCCGUCCAGAGAAGAGCUGAGCUCCAGUAAACUCACUCUGGUGUGUCUGAUCGAUCACAUGUCUGGGGCUUUUGCUGAUGUGCGCUGGCUUGUGAACGGGAACUCAGUUACUGAAGGCGUCUUCACUGGAUUUGCUGAACAGCAGCCUGAUAAGAAGUUCAAGAUGAGCAGUUAUUUAAGCAUCGAGAGCUCAGAGUGGGACAAAGACACACAGCUGACAUGUGAAGUGACUGCUGCCUCAAAAACCACCAGCAAAAGCAUCAAGAAGUCUGACUGCAGCGACUGAACUCUGCGAUCUCCUCUUGAUUUAUGUCAGAGUAUUCAGUUUGCUUGAAUAGAGUAGAAGAAAAUAUGGAUAGAAACUAUUGAAAAUAAAGAAAGUAUCAGUUGCUUCAUUUUCUGAAUGUCAUUUUAUGUUUGAAUGUGCAUUAUUGUGCUUUAUAAACUCAAAUAAACCGCAUGUUAAUCAAA